AUGUUUUUUCAAUAUAAUAGCAUUUUGACAGGAGAAUUUGAAGAUCAACACGAAAUCGAUAAUUUGACUACUGAUUAUGGUUUAAUUGAAUUAGAGCCUGAAGAUCAGCCAUAACAUAGACAAUCUACUAUUAAAAUUGACAUAGCCAAAAUGUUUAUCAAGGCUGCCAAACCAAUAUAGAAGAAGAAAUCCAAUCCAGAUUAAUCUCCAUCUAGUGAGAGAUCGAAUCAAAAGCAUAAUUCCAAAAUUAUAUCAUCUCCUCGUCAUCAAACCAUAAAUCAACAGACUAAACCUGUCAAAUAAUUAUUAGAAGCCACUUCAAGUCAAACAAGUGUUUUAAGAAGAAGAAGUGACUCUCCCCAGGAAGAAAUUAGUAUCAAAGAAAACAGCAAUAAUACUAGUUAGUCUAAUAAAAUGAAAGCCACAAUUACUUAAACGAUACAAAAUACUACAGCCCCUAUCUUCACAAAAAGAGGAUCUGAUUAAACCAACUGUUACCAAGAGUCAAGAAAGAAGAAAGGCUGUGAUGAUGAUUUCUUCAAUGAAACGUAGAUUACUGAAUCUCGUAGGAGGUAGUCAAUUCCUGUUAUAGAAAUUGCUAAAUAUUUGAUAGAAGAACAAAAGUUAGCUGAAUUAGAGGAACUCUUUGCAAAUAACCCGAAUCUGCCGAUCAAUGAAAGAUUAAAGGAUGGAAAUACGUAUUUGAUUAUUGCAGCCCAAACUGGAAAUGUCGACAUAGUUGAACUACUUCUACGCAAGGGAUCCUUUGUAAAUAUGUAGAAUAAUGAUGGUGAUACUGCUUUGCACAAAGCUAUUGCAUACAAUUACUUCAACAUUGCUGACAUUUUGAUUUCCCAGGGAGCUUCAAACUUGAGGAAUAAUGAAGGUUUGACUCCUUGGCAAUUUGUGUAAUGA